UCAAGAGCAGGAAUCUCAUGGUUAUAGAUCGGAUAGGAUAGCUCUUGUCAUCAGCAAUGGGAAAAAAUUAUGGGCUUUGUACUAUUCAACAGGAAAGGUAGAAAAAUGUAGGGUAGACCAGGAAGAGUUGGUAUUGACCUGGAGCUUCCCACCCAAGGGGUGGCACAAGCUCAAUGUCGAUGGGAGUCGGCGGCACAAAGGUCAGUGCAUUGGAGGAGGAGGUGUGAUUAGCAACGAAAACGGAGAAUGGGUUUCAGGAUUUUCAGCUAAUUUUGGAACAGGGAAAGCUAUUGAGGCAGAGCUCAAGGCCCUGCACACAGGCUUGGAACUCGCUUCAAAGUCUAAGUUGGCAUGCCUUGAGGUGGAAACUGACUCACAGCUGGCAGUAAAUCUUUUAUGGAAUGUAGGCAUAUUGUACCAGGAUCAUCAUUUGAUUCAGUUGAUUAAAAGCUGCAAUGCUCUGCUGAACCAAAACUCGAGAUGGAAAUUAAGUAGUGUAUAUAGACAGCAGAACUGUUUAGCUGAUUGUUUAGCUGCUUUGGGGCAUACUUUUGAGGAAGGGGUUACGACUUAUUAUGAUGCACCCCUGACUGAUUGUGAACCGAUAUUGAUUGAGGAUCAGUCUAUGGUUGCUCGGACCAGGUUGAUUUCCCAUCGUAAAUUGAUGUUUCAGGAAGCUGGUAAUAUAGUGAUUCCAAGGUCGUAUAGGUUGAAAAGUCAUUAUGUUCAGUGCAUGAAGAAGGUGAAACAUAAGGAAGGGGAUGAUCUUGCGCCUGUGACAUUCACAUGGGAAAUUGACAAUUUCUCUAAGUUGGAUGCCGCCUCCAAGCAUUACUCUGAUACUUUUGUCAUCGGCAAUUUUAAAUGGCGAAUCCUUCUGUAUCUUAAGGGGAUUGAUGUUGAUUACUUGUCACCAUAUUUGGAUGUCAUAAAUGCUUCAAAAUUACCUCAGGGGUGGGCUAGAUGUGCACAUUUCAGCUUAACUGUGGUUAAUCAACUUCACCCCAGCAAAUCAAUAACAAAAGAUGCUGUGCAUAUCUUCAAUGCUUGUGACAGUGACUGUGGUUUCAAAUCUUUAGUUCCUCUUAGUUGGCUUUCUGACCAUGGUCAUGAGUAUCUUGUAAAUGAUGUGUGUAUUCUUGAAGCCAAGGUCGAACUUCAUCAGGUGAAAGGUAAGAAUUCAGAAGAUAAAAUAACUGCUUGUUCUGCACCUGUGGAGCAGGGGCCUGAGAUGGAUUCUUCAGAAGCCCCAGACCUUUUGGCAACAUGCAAGGAACUGAAAUCCGAACAGAUACCUUCCUGCCAGGAUGCACCAAGUUUCGAAGAAAGUUGCACCGAACUUACUAGCCUUUCUUAUGUUGAGGAUGUACAUCAGGAACUGGGACCUUCAAAUGUGGAUCUAUAAAGCCUCCAGACUCUUUGGCAAUAUGCAAGGUGCCUGUUUACCAGGGUACACCAAGCUUUGGAUGAGUAUAUACACAAGCAGGACCUUCAAGUGUAGAUUCUUUUAAGCUCCAGAUUCUUUGACAUCAUUAAAGACAGCUAAUGGUCAACAGGUCACUGCCUCGGGGGAUGCACCGCUGUUUGUACAACUUCACAUUGAGCCUACUGACCGUACAUUAGUCAAGAAACACGAGGAUGCGACGCUGUCAGCAGACAUUGCUGGGGGUUUAGAGGAAAAAGAAGAAAACUUUUGAUUCACUGCUAAAUAUAGUUGUUCGAUGGCACCAUUUUGGAAUUCAAAAUCAUUAGAAGAGAAUUGAAUGUUGAUGAAUGGGCAUCCAUUGUUCUGGCUCUAUUUGAAGACCAUAAUAGUAAAUAUAUGAUAGAUGAUGUGUGCGAGCAACCACCUAAAUAUUCAUGGGAUGAUCAGAUCUUUGUAUUUGGCUGGAGCCUCAGAAGGUGAAUCUUGUGUGCCAAGGUUAAAUUCGGAUGGUGAUGAUAUGGACAAUGAACUACGCUACUCGAGGAGUUGGCCUUUAUUUAAAUGCUAAAUAUUGCAACCUGUAUUCUUCAACAGAUCAGUUGGACAUUGUCAAUCCAAUAGAUAUACAUUGGCAUUAAAAUUGUACAGCUUCAUGCCGAGGUUAUGGUGAUCUAGUCACGAAUAGCUUCAGUCGCAUCUUAAAUUUCAUGUUGACUUUAGUCUCCACGGGCUACCCCUGGUAAGGAGGAAGCAUUUUUCAGCUAACACUGGUCAUUGGGUAUAUGCGUAUUUUCAGACAUAAAAGGCCAUUGAAUUCUAUGUCUCCAUGGACAUGACUUGGCAUAUAAUCAUAUGAGACAUCCUUGAAAUUGGGCGGACUCCGGCUAUUCCUGAAAAGGGUGGUCACAAGUAGAAUACCAAUGGGGUAACUAUUGAUAUCCUUCAGGAAAGAAGGUUGGUCAUCUCGAAUUUUGGUUCUCAAUUGGUAAGUAUUGACAACUUUAAGGCUUGAGCCUGUAUAAAUUUAUGUUUGAUUUAGAUUGUUCUACUAGUCAAUUCUGAACGUUUACUACGUGUCAGGGCUAAACUUUAUCUUUGCGCUUCAGUAGUUAGAAGUUCAUAUCUAUGAUGGGCAUUCAUUGCUUUUAAAUCAUGUCAAGGGUACAGAUGCACCAAAAUCUUUCAUGGAGGAGCCUCAAAUUUUGGAUUUGAGUUGGUUUUGGUUGGAGUCCGGGGGCUUUGGGUGUGAAGAAGUUUGCGGUAGUGUAGAGACUGGAGGCCAAGGUAUCUCCUGGAAAGAUGAAUCUUUUGGUAGCAAGAAUAGAUUUGUGGUACAUACAGUGAAAUAGGCUACCUGAGGAGUUGGCCAAACGGUGUAUGUAUCAGAUGUUGUAAAACAUGCUUAUGCAGUUGUUUAUGUAUAUGCUUCAUAGAUCAGUUGAGAAAUUAUCAGUAGGAGAAAUAUACAAUGGUAA